UGGCUGAGCAAUCUCACAUGACAGUAGUGCCGGUACUUUUGUCAAAGACUGUAUGUGAGCAUUUAACAUUCGAUUGACAGAGGCCGUCAGUCCGUCAGUAUUCGUUGCGCUGUUCCACGAUACGGUUACGAUCGGCGCCGGUCGCGAUUCAGGUCCACGAAUAUUGUAAAAUUAAGUACUCGUCGUGAUGCUUCGUCGAUUUUGAAGGUGUAAAAGUCGAUAAACAAUAACUCAUUAUCCGCAUAAGUCGCAAUCAAUCAUCAUGUCCCAAAGAAAGUAUACUAACGUAACAGGAAGAUUGGAAGGAAAGCGUUCGAAAAAACUCAUAUCCUCUUCUAGUCUUUCUGGUAUGUCACAAUUGUCUAACAGCAGCGAAGAAGCACUGGAGGCCUUGGUACAUAAAUCCCACAAAUCCGAUAAAUCAGAAAAAUUUGGUUUACAUUGGGCAUUCUACUGCGGACACAGUAGGAUACGGUUUUGGUACGAACUUCCGCUGGAAUUUGGUGCCAAUUUGCGGUGUCAAUAUCCUUUUGCGUACAAAAUGUUUGCUGGGACAACGAAUACACUGAACAACGAAUGGUUAUUGAACGGACCAAAUGGAAGCAAAACACCCGUUUUACGCUUUAAAUGUUCUGCUUUAGCCACGCCACCAAAAGAUCCACCUGCGAAGCAACUACACAUGACUUAUAAAAUCUUUCAAACCGAUACUAGACUCAUCAAUCUUCUAUUGCAAUCACACGGCCUAAUAGAGGUACCUAUCAAUGCCACAGAUUAUAAUGUACUGUGGAUGGGAAGUCAUCCAAAGCCAGAUGUCUUGCGGAAUUUACUGCCUUAUCAAAAAAUAAACCAUUUUCCUAGGUCUUACGAAAUUACUCGUAAGGAUCGUCUCUACAAAAAUAUCGAAGCUAUGCAGAGAAGUAAAGGCCUUCGAAAUCUUGAUUUUAUACCUCAAACAUUUCUACUGCCUACCGAAGCCAGAGAAUUGAUUUCGGCGCAUUUACGAUAUAGAGGUCCAUGGAUCGUCAAACCUAAAGCUAGCUCGCGAGGCCGUGGCAUUUAUAUUGUCAAUAAUCCUGAGAAGAUUCUAACAGAUGAAUCAGUUAUCGUGGCACAAUACAUAAAUAAUCCGCUUUUAGUCGACGGACAUAAAUGUGAUUUACGUCUCUACGUGGCUGUGACGAAUUAUGAUCCUCUGUUAAUUUAUUUGUAUGAGGAAGGCUUAGUGAGAUUUGCAGCCGUUAAAUAUGACAGCCGAAGUCAAUAUAUUUGGAAUCCUUGCAUGCAUCUUUGCAACUACAGUAUAAAUAAGUUCCAUGUGGAUUAUGUUAAGAGUGAAGAUCCCGAUGCAGAAGAUGUAGGACACAAGUGGACAUUAUCGGCAUUACUUAGACACUUACGCUCAAUGGGUCAAGAUACAGCGUCACUCAUGCAACGAAUAGAAGAUAUUAUUAUAAAGUCAAUUAUCGCCACUGCAUCUGGAAUCGUCAGUGGUCUAAAGCAAUUUGUGAAAUAUCCCGAGACAUGCUUUGAGCUGUUUGGCUUCGAUAUACUGAUUGAUGAUACACUGAAGCCGUGGCUAUUGGAAGUAAAUUUAACUCCCUCAUUGGGAUGCGAUUCACCACUAGAUGUUAGACUCAAGUCAGCUUUAAUAGCAGACUUAUUUACUCUCGUCGGCAUAGCUGCUGCCGAUCCAAUCCUGCGCUCUCAAAAUUUAAACCGUACUGCCGUAAAUUCCAAUAAAAAGAUAAUUAGUUAUAGAAGAGUACAAUCUGCGGAAACAUUGCCUCAAGGAAAAAGUAAUACUAAUAGAAAUAAUAAAACCAAAGUAGGUCUAAGCUCAGAGCAACAACGAAUAGUAGCAUCUGCAAAAGCGCAAUUCGAAAGAAGAGGCGGAUUUGUCAGAAUAUUUCCAAGUCCGAAAUCUUGGGAACUUUAUUCGCAAUAUUUAGAUCCAGUUACAGGUGCACCAAUGAUACCGGAUCCGCUUGGUCCAAGAAGAUUAUCACAAUGUAAUCAUACUAAUUACAAUUUGAUGUUGCACGAACAAUUAUUUCCCGCAGCCAAUCGCGUUACUGGCUUCAAUUUUCCAGAAGUGACAUUAGAUAGAUUGUCUAGAUAUGAAAGAUAUGAAAGAGCAUUGGUAAAAGGUCACAAGCAAAGUUUGGACAGAGGUAGUAAUAAAGAAAAUUUAGAUGUAGAUAUGCAUAAAUAUAAAAGUCAAAUAAUACAAUCAAUGCAAGAAGGCAAUAAACUUAGUUCUAGUGAAGCGAGGAAAGCUUUCGGUUUAUAUCUAACAUACAUAUUACGAAAAAUAUCACAGCCUAAUGCAGAUCCGAGAUGUUGUGAUCUUGUUAUGAAAUUUCUUCAACAUUCAUCCUGCAGUUUAAGAACACCAUUUUUAUUUACGUUACCAUGCAGUAAGUUAAGCGAUAAAGACCGAGCUGCCAUUAUCGCCAAACAACUUUCCGAUUUUUUGCAUCUGUACAAUAGAGAAACGGAUCUUUACGAAGAUACUGUAGAUCGGCCUCGUACUAUUCCUAAUAAACUCUUCCAAAAGUUUUUAGCUGCAGCAAGGGAACAAGAUCUCGACGAUGUCCUCAUUCUGCAAACUCGUCUUUAUAAGUGCGCUCACAGUUUCUUAGGAAGAAGUGGUUUUGCCGGUAAUCUGCGCGGCGCUAAUCUUCUCGGAUCUUUACCACAUAUUACAUCGAGAGUGUAUUCCAAUGCUGCUGCAACCGAACAGUGCAGAUGUAAUAAUUUAAUUAAUAGGUCGUAUGCGUUGCAUAUUGAUAUUGAUAAAGAAAAAUGCACGGAGAAAAAGUUACGGUUGCCACAACUGAAUAAUAAUGUUAAUUUUCGCCCAUCAAUACAAAAUGAUUGUGGGAAACAUAGUACUCUGGAAGUGACCCUUAUGAUUGCCCCAACCUUAGUGAGGGUAGCUACAUAUGGAUGCUACAAUCGUAAUAAUAUUGUUCCUGUAACUAUAAUUACAUAUACUUUUCAGCAAAUGUGCAAUAUAAAAAUUUUUUUUUUUUUUUUAGUUUUUUAACAGAUCUUAUUAUUCUUAUAUAGCUUAAUAAUCUGUCUUCAUUGUUUCGCAUAUAAGAUUUCUAUUUCCCUAAUUACAAUUACGCAUUAUUUUAUAAUUUUUGAAAAUGCAUCGGCACCGGCUGAAUUUGAAUCUAAGAUCUUCAGAACAAUAACCUAAUACGCUAACUCUGAGCUAAUCGUGUACUUGUGAAAUCGUUAAUAAAAAGUUAUAUUAAAGUUGAUUUGAACAGGAAGAAAUUUGCGUCUUGAGUACCGCGCAAACACUCACUAGCCCUUUAAUUAUUUAGAUAUUGUUAGAUAUUUUUAAUAUAAAGUAUAUAAAUAAUUAAAACCUGUUUCUGCCCAUGACCAGACUAGGACUAGUGAUUUGUUUCUAUUCGAAUUUCGAAGUUUCGAAACUUCGGUAUUAAAAUCUUCGAAGUUCAAAGUUAACUUCGAAGUUUUGAAAUUUCGAAAAAUACGUUUGUACCCUGCGAAUUGAGAUAUUAUUGUUAACGACUAUUCAUUAUCGUAAACACAAGUUUCUAACUGCGAGUAACAUUGUUUCACCACAAUAGAACUGUCUUGUUUCUGAAAAUAUUUUGACAAAUGUUUUUACUUUUCAAAAUAAGUUUCUAUUAGAGUAAAGCCAUGUAUUUUCAUUAGAUAUAGUUUCAAUAAAGAAAUAUUUUUGCGUUUAUUCUAUUUCUUGAAAAAUAUUUUUUUUACCAUUCCCAAAUCUUCUUUCAAUGUUACGAUGCGAUUGAAAACAAGCUGAAAUAUAUAUAUUUUUAAAAUAUAUGUUAUAUAAUGCAAGUUUUUAAAACAUGCUCUAAUAUAUUAUAAUUGUACUAAUCGUUUAAUUUGUGCAAACAUAUUUUUUGAAACUUCGAAGCUUCGAAGUUCGAAGUUAACUUUGAAGCUUUGAAGACGCCUUAAACUUCGAAAGAUCAAAGUUAACUUUGAAGCUUCGAAUCUUCGAAGUAAGUCAAAAGUAACAAUCCUAAACCAGACUAAUAAAGAUAGCCAAAAGUAACAAUUAGAAAUAGUACCGGAACAUAAAAAACAUUAUUGACGUAAAAAGUUGAUUUUGCAACUAAUGGUUAUAAACAAAUUGUUAAAAAUUGACUGCAGAGGAAAACUAAUGGUGCCAAUCGAUUUAAUGGGAAAAAUUAUCUAAAGAAGCAUAUAUAACGUUUUUUUAAUUAUUAUAGUUAUAAUUAUUAUAAACAAAUUAGUUGCACAAUUGAUUUUACAAUGUUGUCGUGUUGGAACUUAGCAAAUGACUGCAGGGCAAGCUUGGCGUCGAUCUCUUAUAACUACUGUGAUCCUUUUAGAACCUUUCGGCGGAAAACUGGAAAACUCCAGUCUUUCCGGCCUCUAGAUCCUAGAAGGAUCGCGAAUAAUUGGUGGAAACACAUGGUUUUAUUUUUUGUAGUUAUAACGGCCAGCAACGCCAACGGCGAGACAGAGUGAUCCCGCGCGUCGCCGCUCCGUCGCUUAACAACAGACACGCUCUUGCUCUUGCUCCUGAGCGCUGUCUUUAUUUGCUUAUUAUCCCGAACAAUAUAUGUAUACGCUGCUUGCGGGCAAAUACACGCGAAUAUUUAUUGUUAGAUGUGUUCCAAAAUUCACUGUCAGUACUGAAAAAUAGUUUGUAUUCUGUAGUUCACACUAGCAAUGUACAUCGGGACGCAGUUUUAUAUUCUCGAUGUAUCUGCCAGCGGACAUAAAUAUAUUUCUGACAAAAUACGUCGUUUGCCGCGAAUGUAAUUUCACAUAACGUGACGUAAGAACUGCUACUGAAAUAAACUUUUAGUGUAUCGUGCAAUUGUAUUCAGAUUUCACAAUCAUAGUAUUUAUUCUGCUGACAAUAUUUGAGAGAUAGCAAUAAUUCUUCGGUUGUGGCAACCGAAUAUUUGAGGAUAUUAUAACUUAAUGUUAUUUAUCCUAAAGACUAUGGAUGUAAAAACUGUAAAGAUGAACAUACCUUAACAGAUGUAUUCAAUAUAAUAUCAGUAUAACUAGAUUUCACAUACAUUUCUUUCCCAAACAUAGAGAUUAUUGUUGUUACACCCAUAGUCAUUUUUUUCAUGUGCGAUAUUUUUUUUUAUGGUACCGAGAAAAGCACAUCGCAGCUAUUUUUCAAAAGCGCCGCGAUGAGAUCACGUUGUUUAACGCGAACAAUUGUGUUAUGUGCGCUUUAUUAUGUAUCGAUAUAUAAUUAUAAUUAAAGACGUGUUGCGAUUUAUUAAUAGUCUGAUUCAUCAUCAUGAUGUGGUUCUUUUUGGUACGUUUUGUAACGACCCCGGUUCGCGUAGUACGUGCAUGGACGAUGGUCGGCCGCAGACGAGGGUGCAAGGGGUUGCAGAGAGAAUUAGACGUCAAUCUUGAUUAUAAAUAAUUGUUUUAUUAAUAUUAAUAUGAAGCUGAAUUUGAAACAGUACACGGAAAAUACAGAGAUGAUACGGAUAUUCGAACAGCGAUUAUAACGACAUAGCAAUACAGAAACUCGACGUAGACUCGGCGACGGAGACGGUGGACGUGCGGACAAAGAUAUAUAAUACAAUAAAAAAACGGACGAUAUUUACAUGCGACAAAAUGGUCCUCGCCGAGUUCGCGUGUCUUUUCCGCGAAUUGCACGUGCAGUAUUUCUCAGUAGACUGGGACUAAAAAUAGCUGAAUCGGUUCGAUCGAACAAUCAUUCGGCGAUGCGAUACGGCGCGAAGAGUGAUGGGUGCGGCGCGAUACACGGAUCCGUGUUUCCGGUGUUCAAUUCGCGCGGCCUGUCACAAGGCGAUUAAUACCGCAUAUUUCUCGUCGGGUGACACUAUCCCGCGCCAAGUGCGCUUGGUGGAGGCACAAAACACUGUAUCCCCUUUCACGUGGUAGUGCUGGACUCGAAAUGUGUAGUUGGAUCGGCUUUACACCAAGUACCUUGGCUGGGCUCAAGUUCGCUUGUGCUCGGUGAAAGCGUGAAGCGGAUCGGAUCGAAUCGAGUCGGAGAGGAACGGUCGAGUGCCAAGUGUUUUGGCAGACACCAAGUUCACUUCAUCUCGUUCUCAACCUAAGUGGCUUUUCCUUGGAGAGGCGAUCGGAAGCGAAGAGCCUCAAAAACUCGGCUUUUUAUACCCGAGAAUCGAGAGGAGAGGAUAUGCGGAGAGCGGUCGAUUGCGGUACGGAGUCAGUAUCCUCGCCACUCGAUUUUGGAUAUUCUAGACGGGCCGCGCGCGCGGCGGCGGCGAACAGCGGCGGAGUGAGAGCGCGUGAGUGUUUGACACGCGAAUGCGUUUAAAGCUCGCCCGUUUAAGAUUUGGUAAUUUUAUGAGACGCUGUACGCCGACUUUUGCCGUCCGGUAAGUGGUCGGCCGGACGGCUUGGAGCGAUGGACGGUCCGGGAGGGGGGGAGCGGUUUGUUACUGUUUGACUAAACCAUAUAAGACAAUUAUGUAUCACACGUUGUUAUUGAGUUUUGCUUACGGGAUAUUGAACCAUAAGAACAAAGAUCGAAGAUCGAAUAGUGAGUUUGGACCGAGGGGGUAACCACUAGCUAAAAUGUUGUCCCACAGAUUACAUGAUUUCAUCUGAUUGUAAAUGAUUUCAUUAUGAUUUUUGGUGAUUUUAUAUGAUUUCAAAAUGUGAUCUUUGAUGAUUUCAUAUGAUUACACAAUGAUUUUUCGUGAUUAAAAUUCAUUAUGAUUGGUAAAAAAUUUAUCUGAAAGAAAUUCACAAAAAAUUUUAAUAACCUUUUUUUUUUAGAAACAGCAUAAUGUGAUUUCUAAUAACUAUUUUUGACCAAAAACUGAUUAGAGAAGCCAAGAGAUUUACACUGAUUUCAUAAUAAAUUUCAUGAUGAUUGCACAUAAUUUCUAAUGAUUACACAGAAAUCCAAAAUGAUCUCUGGUGAUAUCAUUAAAAUUUCUGAUAACUUCAUAUGAUUUCAUAAUGAUUUCUAGUGAUUUCAUCUGACUUUAUGAUUACAUUUGAUUACAAAAUGAUUUCAUAAUGAUUUUGAGGACACUGUUCCACGACUACAUUAAAUAGUUAUCCCCGCGGUUUGGACAAUGAUAUUGCAGCUCUCGUGAAUACUAUGUUUGCUUUGCUAGCACAAGCGGAACAACUCGUGAUGGAGGCUGAAAAUGCACCUUUGUUUUCCAUACUGGAAAUGCUGAAAGAAAUAUGGAAUUUUGCGAUGGUUAUAAUUCCAAAUAUGAGGCGCACUGAAUCAUUUUUUUUCGCCGAUAGUCGGUAUCACUAUCUUUCCAUUGCAAGUUGUGAUGAUUGGCUGUUAGCCUUGUUUUUCAUCUCUAAUGAGAAGAAUCCGCGGUACCAGCGCGUGAAACACGUAAUGCAUCAGCUUGUUCUGCUCCUUGAUGUGAAACUUUUCACGAAUGAUGAAACUCUGAAAGUCCACGAAGAUGAACACGCCCCACAAAUCCGGCAUGUUUGUAACUUUUUUUUAUUCUCGAUUGCGUGCCGAUUCGAGCAAACGACCGACACAAAUAUUUGCGAAAGCGGAUAUGUUUUAUAGCAACGCGAUCGUAUUAAUAAAUGCAAUAACCCUGGUGAAAAUUGAAUGCUGCUUGAAACGUCAAAUGAGUAAUAAAUAAAGAGUUUUAACGUUUCCUUGACACUCCAUUGACUUUUUGUGCUUUUCGCCAUCCAUUUACAUUCCCUAAACACCCCACAAAAAAAUAUGUACAGAGCAGUUUGAAAUGCUUCGUGAACACUUCAUUGAUUGACACUUUGUCUAAGCUUCCUAAACACUCCACAAAGAAUCUACAGAGUAUUCCGAAAUGCUUCGUUAACAUUUUAUUGAUUGACACUUCGUCAACGCUUCCUAAAUGCUCUACAAAGAAUUUACAGAGCAUUUUGAAAUGCUUCGUAAACACUUUAUUGAUUAAUACUUCGUUUACGUUUUCUAAAACCUACGUUUCAAGAAAGAUUUAUCUACGCUUCAAUAUGCGUUAUUUUUUAUAUUUGCUAUUGCUUUACGUUUCAUUAAAAUUCCGUAAACGUGUCCGUAAAAUUUCCGAAACUUUCAGUAAUGUGUUGGAGUGUGUACGGAAUGUUCAGUAACGCUUCAUCUACGCUCCAACGAUCGACAUUUUUCUACUCUUAGUUUACAUUUCCCGAACGUUUCAUAAAUGUGCACAAAACAUAUUAUACUUUUUUUAGAGUAGAAAAAUAUUGACCGUCGGAGCAUAGACAAAGCGUAAUUGAACUUUUCAAGUGUUCAUAAAAUGUAAACUAAGAAUAGUAAUGCAUGCUGUCAUAUGCUUCUUAUACGCUUUUCAACUGAAAUUUCAAAACCAUUUAACGUCCAUUGAACUAAUAUAUUAUAAAUUUUGUAUACAUAAACAUCAAUGGUUCAUGGACCACCAUGAAGCGUUAGUUCCUGGACGAUUUUCAAGGUUCAGCAACGUUGGACACGGUUACAAAUUGAAUGGGUGACCACUUUUCCAAGCAGAAGUUAGCCGUAUAACUCGAUAACGCUUCGUUUAUAUUCGAUAAAUGUUUUGCUCGCACUUGCUAAAGAGUUGUGUAACGUUUUGUUAACACUUAUUGAACGUUUAGUUGACGCUCCGAUGUUCCAAUUUAUACGCUUCCCAUGAGUUUUCCUCACACUUCCGUUACUCUCCCCUUAAAC